AUGACCAGCCCACGGUUGACUUCUCCUGUGACUCCACUGAUGAAUUUGCCCUGGGUCACCCUUGGCCAAGUCAGCAAGACCCUCCUAACCAACAGGACACAUUUAACACAUGAACAGAUAGAGGCGACGCGGUGGUUAUUCUGCCAGUUUGACCGCAGAGAAGAAAGACACCCUCUCCCUCUGAAGCUACAGGGCAGGAAGGUGGUGGGACACACGGUCCUAGAUGCUCAGGGAAACCCGGGGACCAGGGCCGGGCCCGUGAGCAUCCUCAGGGGGCCCGCGGUCUCCAGGGGCGGCAGCAGAGACUCUGCCGAGCUGUCCCAGGCUCCCCGACACGCCAGCAUCAGCUUCCCAUCGCUGCCGCAACAAACCCCCGAAAACAGCGCCACAGCACAAGGAAAGUGGGUUCCUACCUUCAGACGUGGGAAAUCAGGGUGCUGGGCAGCGCUGGUUCCUCCCGGGGGUCUGGACAAGAACUCCUUCUCUCUGCCUGCCACCCCCGUCUUGCUUCCGCCCAAGGCUCUGGGCCACCGCCUCCGUUUAUAUAAGGUUCCUUCGUGUUGA